CCCUCCGGUAGUCCGGUGUCGGGCUCAUCACUCGCGCCAUUCAACUGGCCCUCUCGGUCUUUUCUUGCUUGAACCCUUAACUGGCCGUCUUAGCCAACCUCCUGCAAGCCCGAUAGGAAAAUUCCCCGACUGGGGCCUUCGCUACCUCCCUCCCCGCGGCAGAUCGCCGGUUUCACCUCAAAUAUACUUCGGGCCUCGGCUCGACGCGUGGGUGGUCAUUCAAAUCCCGGAGAGCCACAGCCGGUGACAGCACUCGAAAACCACGAACUGGACCACUGGAAGGUGGCAGGGUUUCUCGUAACAGGUGGACUGAGUCGUCAUGUCUGCAUCUCUGGGGGUGGACAGCUCGCGAGAUAGCACGGACGGGCGUUCGGGCGAACGCUUUACAAGCCCCGAGCGAAGCGACGGGGAAAAUCUGGAAGAGGAGAAGCUUGAGGAUAAUGUCGAUGGAACGUUUGCUCCCAUCAGUGCCCGGACGGCCUCCCACGAAGAACGGUUGCGCCGGUAUCAAUCCGCGUCGUCACAUUAUCUCGAGCGCAGCUGGUCCCUGAACGACGGAUACAGCUGCCAUACGGCCGACGAAGAAGCUGCUGAGAGAGCCCCUAGCCGGAAAGAGGGAGCAUCUGCUGAAGAACCGGAUGGUUUUACCGUCGGCUGGGACGAAAAUGACCCCGAGAAUCCGCGCAACUUCGACACGCUUAGGCGAUGGCUGAUCGUGGUUAUCUGCUCGGCAGGCUCUCUGUGUGUAACCUGUACCUCGUCGAUGUAUACCGCCACCUAUGACCAAAUCAUGGUGGAGUUCAAUUGCUCUCGGCUGGUUGCGACUCUAGGCCUGUCGUUCUUCAUCUGGGGUCUCGCGGUUGGACCGCUCUUUCUAGGACCGCUGUCUGAGUUCUACGGCCGAAGAAGAAUCUACAUCUGCUCCUUCUCAUUCUUUCUGAUCUGGCUUAUUCCAUGUGCGGUGGCGAAGAAUAUCCAAACCUUGAUCAUAUGCCGCUUUUUCGGUGGAAUCGCCGGGAGUGCAUUUCUAAGUGUCGCCGGAGGCACCGUGGGAGAUUUAUUCGCCCGCCAUGAGCUGAGUGCUCCGAUGAUGCUGUACACGAGCUCGCCGUUUAUUGGUCCUGAGGUGGGCCCACUGGUCGGUGGCUUCAUCAACCAAUUCACGGAAUGGCGGUGGACGUUUUAUGUACUCCUCAUCUGGACCGGUGUGUUGUUAGUCUUGAUCACCUGCUUCGUUCCCGAGACCUACCACCCAGUUCUGCUGAGACGGAAAGCGCGGAAGAUUCGAAAGGAGACGGGGGAGGACAGAUGGCAAGCUCCGAUCGAGAAACUGCAUCGCUCGGUAGCGCAGACUGUUUUGCGGUCAAUCUAUAGGCCCUUGCUUCUCCUGACUCUGGAGCCCAUGUGCUUGAGUCUCUGCAUCUUUUCGGCGAUCCUGCUGGGUAUUCUCUACCUUUUCUUCGGCGCGUUUCAAUUAGUCUUUGAGACCGUGUACGGCUUUGAACUAUGGCAGCGGGGGCUUUGUUUCCUCGGCCUGUUCGUCGGAAUGCUUAUUGCCAUCUUUUCCGACCCCAUAUGGCGCCGUAAUUACAUCCGUCUGGAAAUGAAUCACGAGGAUGCCGUUGGCAAGUCCGACGAUUUCCAACCAGAGUGGCGGCUACCACCAGCCAUUGCCGGGGGUCCACUCGUCACCAUAGGACUGUUCAUCUUUGCGUGGACGAUCUAUCCUCACGUACACUGGAUUGUACCGCUCAUCGGCAGUGCGUUCUUUGGAGCUGGUACUAUCCUCGUGUACUCCGGGGUCUUCACCUUCCUGGUUGAUGCGUACCCGACCUAUGCUGCAAGUGCGUUGGCGGCCAACAGCUUCGCUCGGUCUAUUUUCGGCGGAGUCUUCCCUCUCUUUGGGAUACAGAUGUACGACAACCUGGGAUAUCAUUGGGCAACCUCGCUGCUUGCUUUUCUGACGCUUGUCAUGGCACCAUUUCCUUAUAUCUUUUUCCGCUAUGGCAAUCGGAUUCGGCAGAAGAGCCGAUUCGCGGCACGAUAGACGUCUACACCAUCGGGAGCCGGGGUAGCUUUGCUUGAGACGGAGCAUAGGGUAUGCGAUGCAGCGCACACUACGCCUGAUGGGCACGUGCUCAAGAGUCGGUCAACAGUGGACACAACAGCUCGACCUAGAAGCGUUACGCGACCAGAUACCCACUUUCACCUUCUUGUACAUAACCUAGACUACUUAGCCAGCCCACAGGCGGCAUCCACGAUGUCGGACCGAAGAUGCUGUUGCUGGCAGCUGCAGGCUCACAGGACGGUUGGCGGCAGACCACGCAGCUGAACGACCACGGAGUAAUUCGCAUGGAAAGCAGAUUCCACGCGACAUGAAAUGAGAAUUCU